AUGAAUGCACCUGAUGAAGGCAACGGCCAGGCAAUGCAUCCCAAUAACGGGCAACAGAGGCAGGGCAACGGGAAAGGAAAGACAGUAACGCUGAAUAUCGUGAAGGAGACCGGCAUUCGCCAAAUCACCUUCACAAAGCGCGAGGCAGGUGACGGCAACAACAACUACCCGAUGCAUCCCCAAGGCGGCGACGAAGAUGGCGACGACUACAUGCUGCAUCACGAGAACGAGCAGCGGAGGAAGGGCAAGGGGAGGCAGAAGAUCGAGAUGGCGAAGAUCGAGAACGACACCAAUCUCCAAGUCACCUUCUCGAAGCGCCGCGCAGGCGUCUUCAAGAAGGCGAGCGAGCUGAGCACGCUGUGCGGCGCCGAGUGCGCCCUCGUGGUCUACUCCCCGGGCGACAAGCCUCACUCCUUCGGCCACCCCAGCGUCGAAGUUGUCACCACCAGGUUCCUCCAAGCUGACAUCGGUGGCGGGGCGCCAAUCACUGAAGCCGACAGGGCGGUCAUGGCCCACUACCAGGCCGCCGAACAGGAGCGCAACCGGGAGGUGGUGGCUGUGGAGAUGCAGGUGGAUCAGGCGAAGCAGCGGAGGAAGGAGCUUGACGGCCUGCCUCCGGUGCUUCAGUUGGAGAGCCUCAACUACCAGCAGCUCGACCAGCUGAGGAACUCGGUGCUGAUGUACAAGCAGGGGGUUCAAGCCCAGUUCAGCGGUGGCGCCGGGGUUUAUGGCUACGGAGGCGGCGGCGCUGCGGCGGGGUAUGGACAGAAUGUGCAGUAUCCGCCGAUGGGGUAUGGUACGGCGGGCUACAACUAUGGAGCUCCCUCUGCCGGCGUCGUUCCCUACAACGCCGGCAUUGCUGGCGCUCAAGGCGGGGCUAAUUAUGGAGGAUUUCCCGGCGGCGUUCAAGGCGAGGCUAAUUAUGGAGGAUAUCCCGGCAGCUCUGACGGAAACGUCGGCGGUGCUCAAGGCGGGGUUAAUUAUGGAGGAUUUCCUGGCGGCUCGGGUGGCAACGUCGACGGUGGUCAAGGCGGGGCUAAUUAUGGAGGAUUUUCCGGCAACUACCACCACCACCCUGGGUAUUAG